CCGUGUCUCUAUACCCACCCAAGCAAACCACAACCUCCUCCAAAAUGAAGAUGAUAUCCUUUUACUCCAAGCUCGCCCUCACCACUCUAUCCCUCUUCUCCAUCCCCAGCCAAACAACUGCCCACGCACCCAGUCUCAGCACCCUCGCCAUACAACCCAGUAGCUCCAGCGGCCCCAACACCAGUGCCGUGCAAGUUGCUACCUGCACCUGCACCAGCACCAGCACCAGCACCAGCACCAAUAUAACCACGAGUGCAGCAGCAAAUACAUCUACACCCACAACACCAGUGGCCACUUCAUUCGCAACCAAAGCUGCAACCGGAACACCCACCACCCCGCUGCCCUACCAGCACAAAGACAGGGCCAUCGGCGGCGGCAAGCAACCCGACCCAAAGAACGAAUGCAACUGGGACCAGGACUGCGAUACCGGGUAUCUCUGCGAUGUCUUCAAGUGCAGGGUCGGCUGCAGACAUGACUCUGGAUGUCUGGCCGGACAAGUCUGCCGCAGUAACAUCUGCGUGCUGGGCGCCAAUGAGAUGUGUUAUCAGUUUGAUCGGGAGUGUAAGCGGAAUGAUCAGUGCUGCUCGGGGAGGUGUAGGCGGAAGUGGUGGAUUAUUGGGAGGAAGCGGUGCAAGCAUGAUAAACAGAUUGGGGUUUGAGUGGGUUCUUUUUCUUUGCUUUCUUUGCUUGGUAGAACUGUUGUGUUGGCUAUGGUAGUUAGGUAGAGUUGGUCCAUCUUGCUGGUCUGGUAUGUCGAGGUACUUGGUGUUCUUUAAGAGGUAAUUUAUCUCAUCUCAUUCUAAUACAUAAGGUAUAGCGAUGUAGUUUGUAGUUUGUAGUUGUAGUGGAAGUGGAAGUGAGGUAAUAAC